GCUGUGAUCUGCAAAUUCAGGUUCCACCUCAAUCACAUGAUGUGGAUUUCCGCUUUGACACAUUUUACUUUCGGCUGCACAGCAGGGCAGGGCCACACAGUCACUGAAGAGCUGCUGCAGCAGGACAUGAUGCUGCUUUGAGGACUACUCUACCAUGCAAUCCACCAUGAAUUUCAAUGGACUUCAAUGCCAGGGCAUCCAAGAAAAUUACAUUCUGGAUAAUACUCCCAGGAAGAAAAGUUCUCUAUUUUCCCGGCGCUCACUGAGGGGGAGCAGUGAUCGCCACCGGCAGAACACAAGCUCUCUGCCGAGAGUGUGCAAGCCCAAACUAACCCACUCCAACUCACUGGUUGAUUACUCUGACCCACAAAGGACCACAAUUGUACUGGAAAAGCAAGACAAUGAAACAUUUGGUUUCGAAAUUCAGACCUAUGGCCUGCAGCAGAGGAACAGCUCUGAUGUGGAGAUGUGCACAUUUGUGAGUAAGGUGCAGGACGACAGUGCAGCUGAGAAUGCUGGCCUGACCGCAGGGGAUGUUAUCAUCACAAUCAACGGGGUGAGCAUCGAAGGAUCAUCUCAUCAGCACAUACUUGAUUUGAUAAGAGAAUCAACCAACAGUCUAAAGAUGGAGACUGUGUGUGGGAAUGUAGUGAAGCAGAUAGAGCUGGAGAAGAGGAUGAACGCGCUUAAGCAAUCACUACGAGAGAAACUGGUGGAGCUGCAAGCGCUCACAUUACAGGAAAAACGCCUGAUGCGAGGUAACUUGAACGACAGCACCUUCCACCUCUCCAUGGACUCCUCUUUGAGCUCCCCCACAAGCCGACACUUUGGCCGGCGUUUUUCCAGUGACAGUAGCUACAGGAGUGUGAUGACAGAUGACAGUGACCAGGCCAGUGUGUUUGGGGAUCUGUGCUCACCCGGCCCCUGCAGCACAACAAGCACCACAGACGACAGCUGCUUCUUCUCCAGAGAUUUUCCCUCUCAGGACAGCUCCAGGAGGUUUUCUUCGAGCUCAAGCCCUCAUCACCAGCCCCUCAGCCGCUCCAGCAGCUCCAGUUUUGCCGGCAGCAGCAGCUCCCUCUCUCCUUCCUGGGAGGAAACAAGGAUCUCCUCCUUGUUUGGUACCCUGCCCAGGAAAGGCAGGCGAGUAAGUGUUCGCAAACACAUACUCAAGUUAAUUCCUGGACUCCAACGAUCAGUUGAAGAGGAGGAGAUGGGAACAAACACUCAGUGACUUGCUGUUCACAUGCUCCUUGUCUCUACUUCAUGCUGAGGAUAGACAAGGGUUUUCAUGCUCUGAGACUCUGAAGUGUUUACACACACUUAAAGGUUGGGUUAACCCUUUACGUAUUUGCUUUAAUGGAGACACAGGGAAAGGCGGACAUUGUUGCACUUGACAAUUGUCAAUGUAAAAGUCUACCCAAAAAGGUCCUAAGCCUUUAAGGUUAGCUUGGCUCACUGUUUGGCACAAAAGCAUUAUAAAAAUGUAAGAUAUUCUUCCUUUGAGAAAUUGUUUGAAUGAAUGUAUGCAUCAAAUUGUAAUGUAUAAAAGAUGAAAUUAUAUAUCCUACUAACUUGAAUAAAAACAGAUUUUUUUUCUUGUGCCACAA